GCAACGAACACGCACGCAGAACUCACCGAAGCGAGCCACAUAAUUAUCGCCUAUCCGAGCUCCCGUUGCCUCCCAGUGCGGCAGCAGCAGCAGGAGACCAUGGGAAGCGCGGGCGCGCUGCUCUCCCACCCGCCACCGCAGCUCGGCGGCAUACUCCACCGCCGCCAGAGUCUCUCCCUUCCCCGCCUCGCCUCCUGCACGCCCGAGCCCCUCCACUGCCGCCGCCGGUACCUUCGCUGCUCCGCUGUUGACGGUAACAGCCGCGGGCAAGAGACGGAUUCCCCAACGCCUCAAAGAGAGGAGUCUCCGUCGAGCGGUCUCGGCGCUGCCCUCAAGGAUCCACUUCCAGGGCCUGUUGAAAAUGGUUCCUUUGGAGGUAUCACGCAGGAAGAAGAGCAGAGUACUCUGUAUAAUUUUCUGUAUCCAAGCAAAGAGCUACUUCCAGACGACAAGGAAAUGAGUAUAUUUGAUCAUCUAGAGGAACUUCGUGAGAGGAUAUUUAUAUCAGUAUUGGCUGUUGGAGUUUCCAUACUUGGUUGUUUUGCUUUCUCCAAAGAUAUAAUUAAGAUUCUAGAAGCUCCUGUUAGUGUUCAGGGUGUCCGUUUUUUACAGCUCUCUCCUGGAGAAUUUUUCUUUACGACAUUGAAGGUCUCUGGUUAUUGUGGCCUUCUACUUGGAAGUCCUAUCAUUUUGUACGAGAUCAUUGCAUUUGUUCUCCCAGGUUUAACAAAAGAUGAACGGAAAUUCCUAGGGCCCAUUGUUUUGGGUUCUUCAGUUUUGUUCUACCUUGGCAUUCUAUUCUCCUACACGGUUCUUGCUCCUGCAGCAUUGAACUUCUUCGUGAAUUAUGCAGAAGGGGCUGUUGAAUCUAUAUGGUCAAUAGACCAGUACUUUGAGUUCGUACUUGUGCUUCUGUUCAGCACAGGGUUAUCUUUUCAGGUGCCAGUGAUCCAGCUGCUGCUGGGGCAAGUCGGAUUGGUUUCCAGCGAUCAAAUGCUCUCGAUCUGGAGGUAUGUUGUUGUUGGUGCGGUGGUUGCUGCUGCUGUGCUUACGCCCUCGACUGAUCCAUUGACUCAGAUGCUCUUGGCGGGUCCAUUGCUUGGUCUGUACUUGGGUGGUGCAUGGAUGGUCAAGCUAACAGGGCGGUAACUGCAAAACAUGUUUCAGUCGUUGGGUGUUGUACGAGUUUGUUAGCAUCAUAGCCAUAGUGAUUGUUGUCGACAGGACAGUCCCCAUUGUAACAUACCGUUGUAUAAAAUGAACUCGGCUCUUUUUUUUUGAAAGUGAUGAACUCGGCUCUUUUGUUCAUUAAAAAAAGGAAAAACAAUGAUAUUGUUGUAA